AAUUCAAUAACAAGCUUUUCAAUCCUGGACAGCUUGAAACUUUAUAUAGCCUAAUAAUAAUAAUUAUUUUUUGACAAUCUUGUUGCUACAGAUAUUCUUCGUCUUCCCCGUUGGACGUUUUUCUCUUCUCAAUCGAUCUUUCUAUGAGAAACUCGCUUCGAGGUUAUAAGACAUUUCUUAUUGUAAUUGGGGAUUAAUUCGACGGCUCUGAUCAUUUUGGGUUUUUCUUCUUCAUCAUUCAAGAUAGAGGUAGCUGAAAUUUCCAUGGAUGAAAGUAGAUGUCGUGGCUCAAACGACGAUCCAAGAACUUGCCCUCGAGGCCACUGGAGGCCUGCAGAAGACGAAAAGCUCCGGCAGCUCGUCGACAAAUAUGGCCCUCAAAAUUGGAAUUCCAUUGCUGAAAAACUUCAAGGAAGAUCAGGUAAGAGUUGCAGAUUGAGAUGGUUUAAUCAGCUUGAUCCAAGAAUAAAUCGACGGCCUUUCUCGGAAGAAGAGGAAGAAAGGCUGCUUGCAGCUCAUAGAAUACAUGGAAACAAAUGGGCUUUAAUUUCAAGGCUUUUUCCUGGUAGAACUGAUAAUGCUGUCAAAAACCAUUGGCAUGUGAUUAUGGCAAGAAAGCAAAGAGAAAAAUCCAAGCUUUGUGGCAAGAUUAGAGCCCAUAAUCAAGAUCUUAAUGCUGUCAUUAUGGACUCUAAAUCUCCCACUAACUACGUUUUCCGACGAAAGAAUUCGAGGCUUCAAGAGGAGUACGGAUCCAAAAUCAGCUUCCAAAAUGGUGGGAUUGAUUUCGUCGAUUCGCAAAGCCAACCCAAGGACAAAAUCUUCUCUUUGUCUUCCUUCUCUGGUUGGCCUAAUAAUUUGUCAUCUUACUCUUCUGAUCCAUGUGAAAGACGAAGAAGAGGUUAUAAUCAUCAAAGCAAUUUCUCCAUAUUUAGUCCCUACCAUGACUCAAUUGAGGCCCAAUUUAGUAGCACCACGAUUUCGAAUCUAUUCAAUUAUUCGUCAUGUGGAGAGACGAAGACGAGGACGAGGACGAUUGCAGAGGAGAAAUCCAUGGAAAAGAAAGAUGUCCCGUUCAUAGAUUUUCUUGGUGUGGGAAUCUCUUCUUGAUCAAUAUUUAUGUGUGAGUUUGAUUAUCGAGGAAAUUUAUGGCGGCAAUAGAUCAAAACGUCGACCUAAUUAGGGUUACCUAGUGUUGUGUUGUUGGUGUGGUGUAGCUUCGAAGAUCUAAGGUGUAGGGGAUGUAUAGCUGACCGUGAUGAGUGGAUUGUAGCCAAGAUCUUGUUGAGUUUAGUACCUUGUGAAAUUUUUAUUAGGGUAGUGAUAGUUGUAGGGGUUGAAUUAAUGUUGGCCUAGUAGUUCACAUAGUUUGGGAUAUUUUUCUAUUGUAUGAUUAUAUCAAGCCUAUGAAGCUGUGGGGGGUUUUGUAUGUUCAA